UUAAUAUUGACAUUUACACUUUGAUUGUAUGUGAAAAUUUGCAAUUGUAAUCUUAGCAAUAAACAUAUGGAAUUUUGUGGUCAUUGUUGUACGUUCACCUCAAGGCAGAUCCAGCGAAUUCUGUCCCUCUGAGAAAAGCAGACCCGGUGCUAGUGUUGCAACCAUGUAUUAGAAGAAAUAUAUAAGACAACAGCGUGAGUACGUAAUCAUCCCACAAACUAAGUGUUGUUUGUAGUGAACAGUCGCAAGCAAAAAUAAAAAACCAAAAUGAAAUUGUUCGUGGUUUUCGCCCUUGCAGCUGUCGUAUGUGCAGCACCACAGAACCCACAGGAUGUCCAACUACUUCGAUAUGAUAUCAACAACGGUGGUCUUGACUCUUACAAUUUUGCGUGGGAAUUGUCAGAUGGCAGCAAACAUGAAGAACAGGGUCAAUUGAAGAACCAAGGCACUGAAAAUGAAGGUAUUGCUGUCCAGGGCCGUUACGCGUGGGUGGGUCCUGACGGCGUAACAUACGUCGUCAGCUACAUUGCUGAUGAAAACGGUUUCCAGCCAACCCUUGAACAAGGACAAGGUGGUGCAAUUCCACCAGCUGUGGUCGCUCAGUUCCUGGGAUAAUCUAACAAGAAUUCGUCAUUAGAAGUUAAGGACACUGUAAAUAGAAUAUUGUAAGACUGUAUAUAAUAUUUAUAUGCAGACUAAUUAGGGUAAUAAAUUGUUGUUAUAUCUUUAUUUAAAAACA